GAUAAGGUUUUAGACUAUAAAUGGCAGAGCAAGGGUCAAUGGGUGCCGGUCUUCUGAAGAAUUGGAAAGCUUACAUUCUCCACUAGGAUGGCAGAAGCAGGUGAGGUUUUGGGAAGGGAUCUGUUUCUCUUACAUUACCAAAAUGCGCUCAGGGGACCGCGCUGGGCAGCCUACCUGUGUUUUAAAGCAUUAAGUGUCGAGUGUAUUGAUUCUCCUAAAUCUGGAUAUUUUCGCAGUGACCGUGGUGUGCACGCAGAGAUUCGAUUUCUGGAGAACCUGAAAACCUUGGAUUGUGGACUUAGCUACACGGUCACUUGUUACUUGUCCUGGUCACCCUGUGCAGACUGCUCCAAGGCGUUAGUCAAAUUCCUGCACAACAAUCCAAACGUACAUAUUCUUAUCUUUGUGUCGCGCCUCUACCACAUUUACAAGAGGAAACAUCGUGAGGGUCUGAAGCUGCUGAAUCAUGCCGGAGUGCACCUCAAAGUCAUGAAUAAUGAACACUUUGAAUACUGCUGGAAAACCUUUGUUGAUCAUAAACAAAGCCCCUUCCCUCCUUGGGACGACAUUGUUGAAAACCACGCUCAUUAUCAAGAAGAGCUCACCGAUAUUCUCCAGCAGAACAGCCUUUGCGCAAGGGACGGGGUACGUGUGCUUAUCGUCGGGACCUCCAUGGUCCGGCAUGUGGAUAUUCCCAGAUGCAGCACUUCCUGUCACCCAUAUGCUCUCGUUAGAGAAGUCGAUGACGUCAUGCUUCAUCUACUGGCUCAAUGCCCGUCUGUCGCUACUGUGGUUGUUCAUGUAGGAACGUGGGACCACAAACUACUGAAGUCAGAGAAACUGAAAGAUGACUACAUCUCACUCAUAUCCACCAUCCAAGACUCAAAGAAGCGUGCCAUUGUUUCAGGUCCCUUUGUCCCCCCUUACUUUGGUGACCGAAGUAAUAUUUUGGAAGGGGAUCUGUUUCUCGGCCAAUACCAAAAUGCACGCGAUGCAUGGAUAAGGGCAACCUACCUGUGCUUUGAAGCAGAUGUCGAUUUGACUAACUCUAGAUGGUUUUGCAAUCAUCAGGGUAUACACGCAGAGAUGCAAUUCCUGGAGAACCUGAGAACCUUGGAUUGUGGACUCAGUUACAAGGUCACUUGUUACUUGUCCUGGUCUCCCUGUGCAGACUGCUCCGAGGCAUUAGUCAACUUCCUGUCCAACAAUCCAAAUGUAAAUCUUCGUAUCUUUGUGUCGCGCCUCUACCGCAUUGACGAGAGGAGAAAUCGUGAGGGCCUGAAGCUGCUGAAUGAUGCCGGAGUGCAUCUCAAAGUCAUGAAUAAUGAACACUUUGAAUACUGCUGGAAAACCUUUGUUGAUCAUAAACAAAGCCCCUUCCCUCCUUGGGACGACAUUGUUGAAAACCACGCUCAUUAUCAAGAAGAGCUCACCCAUAUUCUCCAGCAGAACAGCCUUUGCGCAAGGGACGGGGUACGUGUGCUUAUCGUCGGGACCUCCAUGGUCCGGCAUGUGGAUAUUCCCAGAUGCAGCACUUCCUGUCACCCAUAUGCUCUCGUUAGAGAAGUCGAUGACGUCAUGCUUCAUCUACUGGCUCAAUGCCCGUCUGUCGCUGCUGUGGUUGUUCAUGUAGGAACGUGGGACCACAAACUGCUGCAGUCAGAGAAACUGAAAGAUGACUACAUCUCACUCAUAUCCACCAUCCAAGACUCAAAGAAGCGUGCCAUUGUUUCAGGUCCAUUUGUCCCCCCUUACUUUGAUGACGUAAACUUUAGCCGUGUCAGACAACUCCACAUCUGGCUUAAAAGAUACUGUAUGAGCAAAAGCAUCCCCUAUGUGGACAACUUCACCACUUUUCUCAAUAGACCAUACCUUUUCAAAGCAGACUUCUUCCUCCCAAAUCACAUUGGAUCCCACCUAUUAUCAAUGAAUAUUGAACUCACUCUGCUCUCCUGCGAUGCAUUCUCAAACUGACGCUCAGUAAGCUCAGAAUUCCUGGAUCACUAUAGUACCCCCUGCUGUCCUCCUGCAACCAGUUCAGCCAAUUGAGUUAGACCACAAAAAUAAAGCAAUACCAAAAGUUUUUUCAAAAUAAUUUUUGUAGCUUUCAAAACUUUUUAUCGUUCUCCUUUUUUAAAGCUAAGGUACCAACAGCUUGUGUUUAUUUCUCUUACAGCCCAAUAUUUAUACAUCUUCACUUUCUGUAAAGCAGUGAUGUCCCCAAUGUCCAUCUUUGCCAAGAGUGAUAAGUAGAAGAAGAAAAUGCUCCUCCACUAUAUGGCAAAAGAUGACAGUUAUAGCCACAUGCUGCCAUUCAUACAAUAUAUAAGCUUUGUGCUUAAUUUAACAGUCCCAAAUUUUACACAAAUUAAAUCUGUGAGUAAAUUGUGAUUCAUAUAUCAUCAUUUCAGUAAACAAUAUACCCAUUCC